CCUCGGCGGGGAUUGGCGCAGCGCGCGCCCCCUCCCCGGCCCCCGCGCGGUGGGAACCGGCAGCCCCGUCUAGCGCUGACGUCAGACCGUCUGCCUGCCUCCGACCGCGGUCUCGGAGCGAAACCCGAUCUCCUUGGACUUGAAUGAGGAGGAGGCGGCGGCGGCGGCGGAGGCGCUCGGCUGGGGGAAGCCAGCGGCAGAGGCUCAGCCCCGGCGGCACCGCGCGCCCCGGCUGCCAGCCCAUUUUCCGGACGCCACCCGCGGACACUGCCGACACCCCCGGGGCUGCCGAGCGGCGGCCCGGGGCCGCAGAGGAGCGCGGCCCGGCUCCCUGAGCCCCGAGGCGCCCCGGGAACUUGGCGGCGACCCGAGCCAGGCGAGCCGGGGCGCGCCUCCCCCGCCGCGCGCCUCCUGCAUGCGGGGCCCGAGCACCGGGCGCCGGCCGGAGCCCCCCCCCGGCCGCCCCCGCGCCCCCUGCGCCCCGCGCCGCGCCGCCGCGCCGUCCAUGCACCGCUUGAUGGGGGUCAACAGCACCGCCACCGCCGCCGCCGGGCAGCCCAAUGUCUCCUGCACGUGCAACUGCAAACGCUCUUUGUUCCAGAGCAUGGAGAUCACGGAGCUGGAGUUCGUUCAGAUCCUCAUCAUCGUGGUGGUGAUGAUGGUGAUGGUGGUGGUGAUCACCUGCCUGCUGAGCCACUACAGACUGUCCGCACGCUCCUUCAUCAGCCGGCACAGCCAGGGGAGGCGGAGAGAGGACGGGCUCUCGGAAGGUUGCCUCUGGCCCUCCGAGAGCACGGUGUCCAGCGGCGGAAUCCCAGAGCCGCAGGUCUACGCCCCGCCUCGGCCCUCGGACCGCCUGGCCGUGCCCCCGUUCGCCCCGCGGGACCGCUUCCACCGCUUCCAGCCCACCUACCCCUACCUGCAGCAUGAGAUCGACCUGCCCCCCACCAUCUCGCUGUCUGACGGGGAGGAGCCCCCGCCCUACCAGGGCCCUUGCACCCUCCAGCUGCGGGACCCCGAGCAGCAGCUGGAGCUGAACCGGGAGUCGGUGCGCGCGCCCCCCAACAGGACCAUCUUCGACAGCGACCUGAUGGACAGCUCCACGCUGGGCGGCCCCUGUCCCCCCAGCAGUAACUCGGGCAUCAGCGCCACGUGCUACGGCAGCGGCGGGCGCAUGGAGGGGCCGCCCCCGACCUACAGCGAGGUCAUUGGGCACUACCCAGGGUCCUCCUUCCAGCACCAGCCCAGCACUGGGCCGACCCCCCUGCUGGAGGGGACCCGGCUCCAGCACCCACACCUCGCCCCCCUGGAGAGCAAAGAGAAGGAGAAACAGAAAGGACACCCCCUCUAGGAGCAGGGGCCAGGCCGGGGCAGCGCAGCUUAAGGCAAACACUCCGCACUUCUUAAAGGAGAAGAGGAGGGCGCGGCAGCCCCUCCGUGUAUAAAUAUUUACAUGUUAUGUCUGGUCUGAAUGCACAAGCUCAGAAAGCUUGCAAAAAAAGAAAAAAAAAAAAAAAACAUGUUUCUUUGUUGAGCUGUCUUGAAGGCAAAAGAGAAAAAAAUUCUCCAGUAGUCUUUUUUUGUUUCCAGUUGA